UCAUCUGUAUUUUGUUCUUAAUUUUGUUUGUAUUGUCAUAUAAACAUUUUUAACUUCCAAAUACAAAUUCAUACAUUUGAAGUGUUUGUAUUAGUGUUUUAAAUAGAACAGAAGUUCGUAAAAAUAUUUCUAUCUGGUUAAGUUCUUGAGAAUUCCAAAAUGGGGAAAGGAUUCAACAACUAUAUGUGUAAAAAGUUUUUCCAUCCAGCCUCUCGUGACAACUUAAAGAGAGUAUGGAUGGCUGAACAAAAAACUGAUGCAUACAAGAAAAAACAAGAGGAGUUACGGGUUCAAUAUGAAAAAGAGCAAGAAUUACAUGAAAAUAAGGCCUUACUGAGCAAGGACAGUAAAGACAAACUGAGCUUAAAUUUUAUGUAUGAGCCUCCUCCAGGGGUGAAAAAAGAGCGGGAACGUGAAGACAAUGAACCAGAAUAUAAGUUUGAGUGGCAACGAAAAUAUAAUGCUCCUAGAGAAAGCUACUGCAAAGGCGAUAAUGAAAUUCGAGACCAACCAUUUGGUAUCCUUGUCAGAAAUGUGCGCUGCAUCAAGUGCCAUAAAUGGGGACAUAUUAACACAGAUAAAGAGUGUACUAUGUAUUCAUUGUCUAUGAGUGAAGCAAGAGCAUUGCAAGCUUCGGCAUCAACUCCUCAAGAGGAAGAGGAAAAACCAGAUGUCCCAACAUUAAUGCAGCAAAUGAGAGAUAAUGGAUUGGUCAUGAAACCUGGAGCCUUGCCACUUGCUGCUACCAAAGUAGAGGAAGGUGAAUCUUCCACCCUCACUGAAACCGAUCUCAUAAGUCAACUGACUAAGAAGCAAAAGAAAAAAUUGUUAAAGAAAUUGGAAAAACUUGAAAGAAACAAGGAUGAUAAGAAUAAAGACAAAAAGAAAAAGUCUAAACAUUAAUUCAAGAUGAGAAAUUGAUCAUUACUCCCAUAAAUAUCUUGUUAAUA